ACCCUGUGUAGUGCGGGAUUUACGCAAUAGAGAGUCAUUUGGGAUUCAUCCCGUGACUUUAGUUGUUUAAAGGCACGUCUUCUUUAAAAACAACCGACGCCUGAGAAGAAAUGAUAAGCGUUUGGUUUCAUUUAUUCCUAUUUUUCUAAUAAUGUGCUUCUCAGGAUGUGUAACUGCAUAAAAUAUCCCCUAGCUGACUUGCUAACUAAAUAAUGCUGUUUUUGGUAACUUGCGCUAUAACUCAGGCUUGACCCCUGUACUGAGAUAUAACACACUUUAAACUAUUUAUGUGUGUACACUACAUUUCAAACGGGUGUUUAUUGGUGUCACUCAUUAGUGUAACCCCCCUCCCUCCUUUUUUUUUUUUGUUUUUUUUUUGUUUUUGUUUUUUUAAACUUUCAGCUAGUUUUAUAGCUCAGUCAGACCUUCCGUGCUACAAGUGUUUCGCAAGAUAACCACACACACACACACACACACACACACACACACACACACACACAGAGAGCAAUGAGCUUUUUCGGCUUUGGUCAAAGCGCAGACAUCGACAUAGUGCUCACCGACGCCGAGACGAGGAAAAAGGCCGAGCACAAGAGCGAAGAUGGGAGAAAGGAGAAAUAUGUGCUGUUUUAUGACGGGGAGACGGUGAGCGGUAAAGUAAACAUCACUCUGAAAAACCCGGGCAAGAAACUCGAACAUUACGGCAUCAAGAUCGAGUUCCUCGGCCAGAUCGAGCUGUAUUAUGACAGAGGGAACCACCAUGAUUUUGUCUCGCUGGUUAAGGAUCUGGCCCGACCUGGAGACCUUUCCAGCUCCCAGUCUCUGGACUUCGAGUUUUCUCAUGUGGAGAAGCCAUAUGAAUCAUACACAGGCCAGAACGUGAAACUAAGGUACUUCCUUCGUGCGACAAUAAGCCGUAGACUAAAUGACAUCAUCAAGGAAAUGGAUAUCGUAGUGCACACGCUUUGCACUUAUCCUGAGUUAAACUCAUCUAUCAGGAUGGAAGUUGGCAUUGAGGACUGUCUGCAUAUUGAGUUUGAGUAUAACAAAUCCAAAUAUCACUUGAAAGAUGUGAUUGUGGGGAAGAUCUACUUCCUUCUUGUAAGGAUAAAAAUAAAGCACAUGGAGGUCAAUAUAAUAAAGCGAGAGACAACAGGCACCGGACCCAGUGUGUAUCAUGAAAACGAAACCAUCGCCAAAUACGAGAUUAUGGAUGGAGCACCAGUUAGAGGCGAAUCGAUCCCCAUACGAUUAUUUCUUGCUGGUUACGAGCUGACGCCCACCAUGAGAGACAUCAACAAGAAGUUCUCUGUGCGAUAUUAUCUGAACCUAGUCCUGAUCGAUGAGGAGGAGAGACGCUACUUCAAACAGCAGGAAAUCACACUGUGGAGGAAAGGAGACAUUGUAAAGAAGAGCAUGUCCCAACAGGCCACCAUAGCUUCUCAGAGAUUUGAGGGAUCCAAAGCUGGAUCUGCUUCUGCGCAAGCGAAAGUGGACAACAGUUAAAUGAAAUGUUAGUUGUAUAUAAAAAAUAAUAAAAGGAUUCCUGUAUUCUCCUGAGGCAUCAGCAACACAGGGAUUCAAGAUAGACAGCAAAGAAAAUCAUUCACAAACAUCCUCCAUGUGCUCAAUUUUUAAACAUGUUCAUGGUGAUAGUUGGUGUUUCUCUUCCAAGGUGCAAGGCUACAAUAACUUUCUAUUUAAAAUAUCUAAAUUGUUGCUUUUUAAUCAACCUUAUAUUUAUAUAUAUAGAGAGAGAGAUAUGGAUGGAUGUGUGUAUAUAUAGAGAUAUCUAUCUACAUAUAUUUAUAUAUGCAUUUAGGCAAAUUGCUUUUCAUAUUAGUCCAUUCAGAAACAUUCCUUUAUCUUUAUGAUCAAAUGAAUACUUAUUAUUUUAAAUGUUGUGUCUGUGUUCUGGUAAAUGAGUCAAGUAAACAAUGGGAGAUUUGUUUUGCAUCAGUGUUAAAUGUUGGUUUAUUUGCAGUUAUUUUAUUCAUAAUAGAUGUAUACACCGUAUACAUAUAUAUAUAUUCUGUAGUGUUGGAAUUAGGAAAGGGGCAGUAUAGAAAUGCUGCAGACUUUCGAAUAAAAUCUCGAAACUCAGACCUCCGACUAGGAAAAACCAAAGAAAAUGCCCUCUCAAACUUCCUACUCAGAAACUUGGGACGGUCUCCUGAGCAAGUGACGUCAAAUCAACAUGGCUUCUUACACCAUCAACCGUAACAAAGUAGAUGAGUUAUGCUGUAUAUACUUUUAAGUAUUUGUUUUAGAUCAGUCAACGUAUAGGAAUAUUCGCUUGUUAAAUGUAUAACACUGACCACACAGUUCAUUGUUUUAAGGAGUUCAUAUAUACAGCGCUCAUCACAGUUAGUGGAGGGAGCCGUAUCACCCCCAACCCCCCCGCUUGAAUGCACAAAGGUCAAAGAUGUUGAAUGCAGCAUUACUGAAAGGCAACUCAUACGAUCAACACAUGAGCACUUUCAAAUCUAAUCAUAUUUCUGGGUUUUUUUGUUUUGUUUUAAUCUGUGCUACUUCUGUCAUCUUUACUGAUAAAGUCCAAAAGUAUUCGUAUGGGUGUUUAGGAACGAUGGGAAAAUAAGGGUCAUAAUGAGUGUUACAUUGAGCUAUUCAUUUCUCUAUCUUGCCAUUUUAGCAUUGCUCAGGUCAAGCAAUCUUUCAUGUUUUGUGAUGGUGGAAAGCACUUUUGUACAAUGAAUGCUCGACGAGCCAUAUUGUAAAUAAACUUUGCUAAAUUUG